AUGGGAAAAUCUAAAAAGGAAGGAGGGUUAGGUUAUAGGGACUUUGAAGAGUUUAAUUUGGCCCUUCUAGCAAAGCAGGGGUGGAGGAUCAUUCAACACCCCUCUUCCCUAGCAGCAAAAGUGCUUAAAGAUAAGUACUUCUUCAGAACAGAUCUUCUAAAGGUCAAGGUGGGGAGUAAUGCCUCUUUUUUGUGGAGAAGUUUUAUGGAGGCUAGACCAGUCCUGCAAGAGGGUCUUUCAUGGAGAAUAGGGAAUGGUGCUUUAGUGAAUAUUUGGUUAGAUAAGUGGAUUGCGAGACCAUCUUCCUACAAAGUUCAAUCUCCUCUACAAGUUGAAUAUGCUACAAGUAAGGUGUCUGCAUUGAUUGAUUCAACAUCAGGGGAAUGGAAUAUGGAUAUUCUAAGAAAGGUCUUCAUGGAAGAGGAAGUGGAUUUGGUGAGCAGAAUUCCUAUUAGUGUGUAA